UCAUUAAAAUCGGUCACACUAACAUACGAACCUGUAGCUCAGCCAACCGCACCCACAAACAAAAGAAAGAGUGUUAGUAAAAGUGCUCAUCAAGUACAUUUAAAUCAAGAUUGGGGUCUCAUGUUCAGUGAUUCUGUUCAAGUAUCAAGUCCGCCAUCUGAUUCAAUCAAGUUAUCUCCUACACUGCAACACAAGGUGGCAUCGAAAUCAUUUUCGGUGAAAUCGAAAGACAAUUUAUUAAUGAAACAAAGUGAGUUGACUUACUCCUCAGAGAAGAUUGAUGAGUUGAAAGGUAGUUCAGGAGGUCACAGGAGGACCAAGUCAGACAGUGGAACUGAGAGUAGGAGUGUAGUUGUUUUUGAUAAACCUCCUUCUUUAGUAAGAGUUGAGCAGACAACUUGCAUGGAGAACCUUCAAAGUUUACUGAAUCACAAGAAAGAGCUGUACAAGAAAGAUAUGCAAGGAAUGGAUAAAGGCUAUUUAUAUUACCCAUUCUACCAGGCACCAGCAAGUUGGGCUCCAAAAGGACAGCUGGUGGCUCACAUUCAUGAUCACUUACAAGCAGUGAACAAGAUAAAAGUCAUUCCUGAUAGUACGUAUUUUGUGUCAUUCUCCGACGACAGUACAACUAAGAUAUGGGAUGUGAAUAAAAUGGAGGGACUACAUGUGAUUAAUAAACCAAGACUAGUGUACAGUCAGCAAGGUGGUAAGAUUAAGACUGGUUGCUAUUGUAUGGGUAAUCAAAGCAUAGUGGCAGCAUCUUCUAAUGGAACUAUACAUGCUUUCAAUAUUGAUCGUGAGCCUAAUUCAAAACAAAAGGCUCUAAAGGCUAAAGAUGUCCUCAGGUGGGAGCUCGACCCAUCUCUUCAUGGCAGUGUGGUGGAGAUGACUGAGAUGACUUGUGGGGGACAGAACGUGUUAGCUUUUGUUACAACUAAAGGUCACCUCUGUGGCCUUGAUCUGAGGACACCUAAUCUAGCAUGGGACCUUGAGAAUGACCCAAGACACGGUUUAAUGCUGUCCAUGGCAUUGGAUCCGUUCCAGAACUGGAUUGCACUUGGUACCAGUCUCGGAUAUCAUAUAGUAUGGGACAUGAGGUUCCAGCUGCCAAUAUGUAACUGGAAACAUGAAGGACACGGACGACCUUAUGUUCAUCGUAUACAGCAGCUCAGUUCUCAUCCCAAUCAGCUUCAGACUGUUCUAUCAGCUGCCAGUGGUAACAAUGAGAUAUCAGUCUGGGAUAUGGAGACAUCAACUAGAAGACAGAUGCUCUGGGCUAGUCCUACACAGCCGUUUGGUCCCAUGACUGAAAACCCUCAGCAGCACAACAGUGUUCGAGCACUGCAUACUUGUGUUGUUGGUAAUGACCCAGUCCUCUUGACUGGUGGCACUGACAGGUUCAUCAGGUUAUGGCAUCUUAAUAAUCCUUCGGAGUCCAGCUGUAUAGUGAAGGCUGGGGUUGGAUCUGAGAAAAUUGACAUAUCUUAUAGUUCUCAAGUCAUUGAAGGAGUCGAAGUUUUGAGAGAGUUAAAAACAGCAUCAAGAGGAGGAGGAGGGGGCGGGUCAACGGGCGGAGACGAUUCAACGGAAUCUCAUGUGAUGUCACAUGUUGACUGUAUCACUUCGCUAGCUGUCAUUCCGUAUAAAAGUCCACAGAAUUUAACACAACAGUUUAUCAUCAGCGCCUCUCGUGACGGUAUUAUUAAACUUUGGAAAUAAUCGUCGUUAAUUUUCAUUCAAAGUUUUGUUAUUAUUAUUGUGUGUGUAUGUGUAUAUAAUAAUA